CAUAGUGCGAGCCAGGUUUAGGUGCGUCCGUCAUGUACGACUUACUCUACAAUCAGCCUCAGAAAUUAAUGCUAUUAGCAGGAUGUAGUACGGUUUGCACAACCGUUGCCGAAGCGGCGAAAAUGUGGAAUCUAGUUGUCCUCUGUUACGGUGCCUCAUCUCCAGCAUUAUCCGAUAGAAAUAGAUUUCCGACUCUCUUUCGGACUCAUCCCUCAGCUACGGUGCACAACCCCACAAGGAUAAAAUUGUUGCAAAAGUUUGGCUGGUCUCGCGUAGCCAUUUUACAGCAAGCCGAAGAAGUGUUCAUAUCUACCGUGGAGGACCUAGAAGCUCGUUGCAAGGAAGCUGGAAUCGAAAUAGUAACGCGCCAGAGUUUUCUUUCCGACCCUUCGGACGCAGUCAGGAACUUACGUCGUCAAGAUGCCAGAAUAAUCGUGGGCCUCUUCUACGUGGUUGCUGCAAGACGCGUUCUUUGCGAACUUUACCAUCAGAACCUUUAUGGCAAGAGUUACGUAUGGUUCUUUAUCGGCUGGUACGAGGACAACUGGUUCGAGGUCAACCUCGACAAGGAGGGCAUCACCUGCACCAAGGAACAAAUGCGACAAGCUGCAGAAGGUCAUCUAACCACCGAAGCUCUUAUGUGGAACCAGAACAACGAGACAACGAUAAGCGGAAUGACCUCGGAAGAUUUUAGGCAGAGGUUGAACAAAAUGCUGAAAGAGGAUGGUUACGAUAUCGACAACAACAGAUAUCCUGAAGGCUACCAGGAAGCUCCGCUGGCAUACGAUGCCGUGUGGUCCGUGGCUCUGGCGUUUAAUAAAACAAUGGAGAAGCUUAGUAAAUCCGGCAAAAGCUUGAAGAACUUCACGUACACGGACAAGGAGAUCGCGGAUGAGAUUUAUUCGGCUAUAAAUUCGACGCAAUUUCUUGGCGUAUCCGGUUACGUGGCUUUCAGUUCCCAAGGUGAUCGAAUCGCCUUAACGCAGAUCGAACAGGUGAUAGACGGGAAGUAUGUAAAGUUGGGAUACUACGACACACAGAGUGACAACCUGACCUGGCACAAUAUGGAGCGUUGGAUCGGAGGCAAGGUUCCACAAGACAGGACGAUAGUGAAGAAAGUUUUAAGAACGGUGUCCCUGCCACUCUUCAUAUCCAUGUGCACCUUAUCAUCGGUGGGUAUCGUGAUAGCGAUGGCGCUAAUUGUGUUCAACAUCUGGAACAGGCAUCGAAGGGUCAUCCUUUCAUCCCAUCCAGUAUGCAACACGAUCAUGUUGGUGGGAGUGAUAGCUUGCCUCGUGUCUGUAUUUUUACUGGGAAUGGACGGCAGAUUCGUGUCUCCAUGGGAAUACCCUGGAGUAUGUCAGGCAAGGGCCUGGAUAUUGUCCACAGGAUUCACCCUUGCAUUUGGCGCAAUGUUCAGCAAAGUUUGGCGAGUACACCGAUUGACGACAAAGACGAAAGCCGACCAGGCCAAAUUAUACAUGGCCAAACAGAAGGUGUCUUCUGUGCAGAAGAAGGUCCAGCCUUGGAAACUGUAUACGAUGGUCAGUGCCCUGUUAGCUAUCGAUGUCGUUAUCCUCGGCAUUUGGCAAGGGCUAGAUCCACUGCAGAGAACGAUCGAAGUCUUUCCUUUGGAGUCGCCACCUUUCGGAGACGACGAUGCUCGCAUCAGACCCGAAUUGGAGCAUUGCGAGAGCGAACACAAUGGCAUGUGGCUUGGACUAGUAUACGGCUACAAAGGGGUGGUCUUGGUCUUCGGUCUAUUUUUGGCAUACGAGACCAGGAGCAUCAAGGUGAAACAAAUUAACGAUUCGAGAUACGUUGGCAUGUCAAUUUACAAUGUGGUCGUGCUUUGUCUGAUCACUGCUCCAGUGACCAUGGUCAUUGCCAGCCAGCAAGAUGCCAGCUUCGCAUUUGUCGCGUUAGUCAUCGUGUUUUGCUGUUUUCUGAGUAUGGCUCUAAUUUUCGUACCUAAAGUCAUCGAAGUCAUUAGACAUCCGAAAGACAAAGCCGAGUCUAAGUACAACCCAGACGUAGGAAUCUCCAAAGAGGACGAAGAACGGUAUCAGAAACUUUUGAGCGAAAACGACGAGCUGGUGAAACUUAUCUCAGCGAAGGAGGAAAAGAUCAGGGCACUGAAACAGAAAGUUGCUGAACGGGACGCAUUAAGAGGAGGAGGAAACAUCCCUAAGGAUUCUCUGAUAGUUGCCGAUUUCGUCACGGGAGAAGGAACUUCAGACAGCGCUAUCGAGACGGACCACGUCGGCUGACCGAAGGACCGCAACGAUCGGGCGAAAAAGCAAUAUAAGCUAACGGGCUAAAACAGCUUUCGAGGAAGCUACCUUCUAAAACUACCGUAAACUAUUAACAGCCACUGUCACGCCAUUCGUUUUAGGUAGAAACUUGCAGCUCCGUGGAAAUGUAAUCAUUCAACGAGGAGGUCGAAUGUGCGCGCGGAAGUACUCGAUGUACCUACUCGAGUACCCGUACUGAAAUGUCGUACGAUAAAUAAGGUGUAAUGUCCUUUCCUGUUUUUCUUAUCUUCAAUUUUCAACGGCAAAUGAGAGAAUUGUCAACGUAUUAACGGGAUUUGACUGCAAUUCGACGAUCGUAAACGUAGCCUGCGUGUGUCUGUCGUGUAGACUCAGACGAUUCCUCGUCUUUAAAAGGAUAUUCAUUUACAUAACGUCAAACAUCCGUAUGUGGAAUAUCCAGGGAGUAAGGCUUUUCGCCAGAAUUUUUCUAUUUUUUCCUGCGACUCGACCGUCAUAACGAUGUCCUCGAUUUAUUUUCAGGUUCAUGGCGUAAUCCGCAAACGGUACGUUGCGCGACGUAAUAUCACAGAAGUAUUAUCGAAAUGUUGAUGGAAGCAUCUUAUAUGUACGUUAGGAAAUGGAGAUAUUUAUUUAAGUUUUUGUAAAUUAUAAAAUUCAUUCAAGAUUGAGACGACCCGGUCCUUUUACCGCCCGAC